AUGAACGAGGAAAAGGAAACUGCAAAAGUGAACUUUGUUCAAGACUUGGAGAAAGAGAAGUAUAUCACAGAAACUGAAACAUUACAAAUUCCAACCGAACAUGAAGAAUUGACGCUACGCCGUAUAGUCACCAGUCCCAAGAUUCACCUCUAUUUUAUAUGCCUGAUUGAGUUUGCAGAACGUGGCUCCUUCUAUGGAACAGGGAAUAGGAUGGGCAACUUUUACCAGUAUCCAUUGCCAAUUGGUGGAAACGGCGCGGGAGCGCCGGGACCGGGCGAACAGGACCCUGGCGCACUUGGAAAGGGCCUAGCAGUAGCUACAGCGAUGGGGCUACUUCUAAAAUUUACCUCUUAUACGUUCUCUAUAAUCACGGGCUAUAUCAGCGAUGUGUAUAUUGGCCAAAUAAAGAUGCUGUGGAUUGGAGUGUGGCUAGGGGUAGGGUCACAUAUUUUGUUCAUCAUAGCAGCUCUGCCAUCCGUCUUAGCACAUACCAAUGUAGCAUAUGCACUAUCAGUGGUUGCUUUGCUUUCGUUGUCACUAUGCACCUCCUUUGUUAAACCUGUACUACUACCUCUCUUAUUACAACAGUACCCUUAUAAGACGAAUAUUGUGAAGACCCUCCUAUCUGGGGAGCGGGUGAUUGUUGAUCGUGAUGCAUCGUUACAGAGGAUGACAAUGGUGUUCUAUUGGGCCAUAAAUGUUGGGGCAUUUUUGUCAUUGGCGACAGCGUAUUCUGCACAAAGGGUAGGCUACUGGCUAGCAUUUACUGUACCUUUAAUAAUUUAUUUGUUGAUGCCAAUAGUCUUAUGGAAGCUACAGGAAGAUAUCAAAACAAAUGAGCCUUCGAGGGAAUCAGUUCUUGCAGAAAGUUUAAAAGUGUUAAAGGUAUGCUAUGAAUGGGGAUGGAUCAAGCGAUACUGGAGUGGCCAGUUCUGGGAUUACGCGAAACCCACAAAUUUAAUACAACAAGGUCGGAUUGGAUGGCGCAAGAAAAAAGCGGGCUUCUAUGACGAGAAAUAUGUGUACGAUACCAAACUAACAAUAUCUGCUUGUACUAUUUUUCUCUACUAUGUCAUUUAUCAAAUGCACAGCAACCUAGACGAGCCUAUGAGAAGCCAGGCUGGCUCAAUGGAGGGUGAAGGGGUUCCGAAUGAUCUUUUUUCAAACUUCAAUCCGAUAUCAAUCAUAGUAGUGAUGCCCAUACUAGAUUAUGUUUUGUAUCCGCUACUAAGACGCUAUCGUAUCAACUUCAAACCUGUCUACCGCAUUUUCUGCGGGUUCAUGAUAGGAUGCCUCGGAUCUACGGUUGGUGCAAUAAUUCAAUGGAGAGUGUAUAAUACUUCGCCUUGCGGUUAUAUGGGAGCAACAACAUGUCCCGAGUUACAUCAUAAGAAAUCUCCCUUAUCUCGCUGGCUAGUGGCAAUAGAAUAUGCCUUAGGCGGAACCUCAGAGUGUUUGGCUAUGACUACCGGGUAUGAGAUUGCUUUUGAAAGAUCUCCAAAAAAAAUGAAGGGAUUCGUUUUGGCUUUGUUCAUGUUUACCGUUGCUAUCUCAUCUGCCAUUAUUUUACCCAUAACUCCAUUUUUCAAAGACCCAUAUCUCAUACAACCGUUUGCUGUCUGCGCAGGUGUCGGGGCACUCACAGCAAUCAUCUUUUUAUGGAGAUACUGGGACUUAGACAAGCAGAUGAAACUGGAGAGAGAGCUUUCAUCACCUGAAAAUAGCUCCUAG